AUGGAGGGGACUCGGGCGGCGGAGGCGGCCGGCGGCGGCGGGGAUGUGCAGGUUAAGGGCGGCAAGGAGAGCGGCCAGGCCGCGCAGCAGCAACAUCAGCAUCAGCAGCAGCAGCAGCUGCCGACGGGCAGCGAGCCGGUCGAGAUGCCCGCCACGCCGCUGCCGCACGCCCGCGAAAUCGAGUGGUCGGAGCAUUUCUCCUUCUUCAACUCCAUGGGCACCGGCACCGGCACGGACGGCGUGAUGGGGACGCCCAGCGUCGGGAUGUCGCGCUCCGAGUCGUCCAGGCCCGGCAGCGUCACCCAGCAGCAGCGCUGCCUGGCGGGCUGCAACGCCGACGAGAAGGUGGAGGAGCUCACCGUGAGGAACUGCAUCAGCUCUGAGGCCCAGCAGCCUGCUGCCUCUGCCGGUGGGAGCACUAGCAGCAGUGGGGACAGGCCUACCGUUAUGCGGGGCCUCUGGGGUAACUUCACGCGCAUGGCCUGGAGGACCGCCGAUGCCGCUAGCAGGGAAGCCUUGGCGGUCAGCCGUGGUGACAUUGCAAACUUGAGGAAUGCUGAUCUGGUCAGCAGGGAAAAUUUGGCCGUCAGCCUUGGCAACGGCAUGGGGUCUCAGCACAUUGAUGCUUCUGGCAAUGGAAUGCCAUUUGGCCGCGGCGAAAAUGUUAAUACGGAGUUCAGUAUGUCAUUUGGUAAUCAGCAGCAGCAGCAUAUCUUGUCUUCACGGCUGAAUCAGAGCGAGCAGCAUAUCUUGUCUUCACGGCUGAAUCAGAGCGAGCAGCAUAUCUUGUCUUCACGGCUGAAUCAGAGCGAGCAGCAUAUCUUGUCUUCACGGCUGAAUCAGAGCGAGCAGCAUGACCUGUCUUCACGGCCAAAUCAGAACGAGCAACAUGUCCUGUCUUCNNGGCCGAAUCAGAGCGAGCAGCAUAUCCAGUCUUCACGGCCGAAUCAGAGCGAGCAGCAUAUCCUGUCUUCACGGCCGAAUCAAAGCGAGCAGCAUAUCCUGUCUUCACGGCCGAAUCAAAGCGAGCAGCAUAUCUUGUCUUCACGGCCGAAUCAAAGUGAGCAGCAUAUCCUGUCUUCACGGCCGAAUCAAAAUGAGCAGCGGUCUGAAAGGGAUAAUGGUCUGAAAGUGAGUAGCUUCUCAAAUAGAAUUAUCGACCAGAUGAGGAGUAAGACUUUGACACCUUCAUCUGGGGUUCAGGGUUCCCCCUUUAAGCCUGUAUUGAAGGGUAAAAGGGUUACCUACCAAGGUUCACGCGAGGAGAUCCAAGUUCAAGCUAAUGCAAGACCCAGAGCCCCUAUGGAUAAGAUCCCUAAGAUUCCUAGCUCAACACACGAUUCUGUGGCCAGAUUGGAUGGUACACUUUUCAGCAGUGGUGGAAAUGUUUCCGAAUCUCAGUAUGAGGGAACGAGCCUGAGGGAACUAAUUAAGCCCGCACGCCAAGCGAUGAGCAAGUUUGAGAAAAUGCAGUUGUUCAAGCAGAUCCUUGAUCAUGUAGACAAAUCCCACGCACAGGGUGUAACCUUACAGCAGUUGCGACCGUCGUAUUUUAUAAUAUCAUCCCCAAACCAAGUAAGGUAUACCGGUUCUUACAGCAAACAAGAUUUAUCAACCCCAGCCAAACCGGAUAUGGCCGCAGAUGAUGUUUUUAACAGAAAACGAUGCUUCGAUCAGAAAACUUUGCACCAAGAGUGUAAUGGCAAUGGACAUUCAAUCCUGAAGUAUCAGAAGGUUGGUGAACAAGGUUCUGUUGCCGUCAGGCGACCGAUACAUCCCUUCCGGACUGACCACAAAGGGGGCAACCAAAGUGAAGGUGCUGAUCUAGGUGCUUUAGGACAGGGAAAUUCUAGUUGCACCGUCGGAGGUCGUUCUAAGUUUGGCGAACCUUACUAUGGCGGUAAUGCAUCUUAUGGCCAACGUUUUCCUAAUUAUGGCAACCAAGAAUCAGUACUUGAAUUGAGGAUGCUAGAAGAUAGCUGGUACAGAAGCCCGGAAGAGCUCAAUCAAUCGAAAGGCACAUUCCCAUCCAACAUCUACAGCCUUGGGGUUCUUUUAUUUGAGCUCUUUUGCUGCUGUGAAACAUGGGAGCUGCAUUGUGCUGCAAUGUCAGAUCUUCGCCACCGGAUCCUGCCUCCAAUUUUUCUUUCAGAAAGUCCCAAGGAGGCUGGCUUCUGCCUUUGGCUAUUGCAUCCGGAUCCUUUUUCUCGACCAAAAGCAAGAGACAUUCUAGGAUGUGACUUGAUAAAUGAGGGUCGGGAUUUGUCGGUGUUAGAUAAGGCGCCAGCUGCUAUCAAUGAGGAGGACACAGAGUCUGGUUUGUUACUGAAUUUUCUGUCUCAACUGAAAGGAGAAAAGGAGAUGCAUGCUGCCAAGUUAUCAGCAGAUCUUGCAAGCUUGCAGACUGAUAUUGUAGAGGCUGAGAGAAGACACUCGUUGAGGAUGGGGUUCAGUUUAGGGGACAUGGAUGUACCAGCAAGUUCUAAUGAUGUGCCAGGUACUUCAUCAAAUGCCCUGAGAGGGGCAUCGUUGUCAGGUUUGCUAACACCACCAGGCAGGUCAGGCAUAUACGAGGAGAGGGUGAUGAAGAAUUUGCAGCAGCUUGAAAAUGCAUAUUACUCCACGAGGUCCACCAUUGAAACAUCUGAGACUAAUGUAAUUAAGCGUUCCGAUAAUGAUGCUUUGAGGGUCCGUGAAAACUUUAACCACAGUGACGCCGAUGCUAUGAAUGGGCCAACAGACCGCCUUGGAUGCUUUUUUGAUGGUCUAUGCAAAUAUGCCCGGCAUAGUAGGUUUGAAGUACGAGGGAUUUUGAAGAAUGCUGAUAUACUUAACUCUCCAAAUGUGAUCUGCUCUUUGAGUUUUGACCGUGAUGAAGAAUAUUUUGCUGCUGCUGGGGUCUCAAAGAAAAUCAAAAUAUUCGAAUUUGAUGCUCUUUUAAAUGAUCAUGUUGAUAUUCAUUAUCCUAUAGUAGAGAUGCCUAGCAAGUCCAAGCUUAGUUGUGUCUGUUGGAACAACUAUAUAAAGAACUACUUGGCAUCAACAGACUAUGAUGGCACUGUUCAGCUAUGGGAUGCAAGCACUGGCCAAGGGUUCACACAGUUUACAGAGCAUCGGAAAAGAGCUUGGUCUGUGAGUUUCUCAGAGGUGGAUCCAACUAGAUUGGCAAGUGGGAGUGACGAUUGUUGCGUGAAAGUUUGGAAUAUUAACCAGAAAAAUAGCGUGGACACAAUCAGAAAUGUGGCCAACGUAUGCUGUGUACAGUUCUCGCCGUACUCCUCUCGUAUGUUAGCCUUUGGCUCAGCUGAUUACAAGACAUACUGUUAUGAUCUGAGGCAUACAAGGAUCCCCUGGUGUACCAUUUCUGGACAUGGGAAAGCUGUCAGCUAUGUAAGAUUCUUGGAUGCAGAAACGCUUAUAUCUGCGUCAACUGACAAUACCUUGAAGAUAUGGGAUCUCAACCGGACUAAUCCUAAUGGAUUAUCUACUAAUGCUUGCAGUCUGACAUUGAGUGGUCAUACCAACGAGAAGAAUUUUGUAGGCUUAUCCGUUCACGAUGGAUACAUAACGUGCGGUUCUGAAAACAAUGAAGUAUAUUCUUACUAUAAAAGCUUUCCCAUGCCAAUAACUUCCCAUAAGUUUGGUUCCAUUGACCCAAUAACCGGACAAGAGACGAAUGAUGAUAAUCAGCAGUUUGUGUCGAGCGUUUGCUGGAGAGGAAGGUCAAAUAUGGUGGUAGCCGCCAACUCUAGUGGGAGCAUCAAAGUCCUUGAGCUUGUUUGA